AUUUUAGUAUUUUUAAAUUUAUUUUAAUUCUGAUUUAUAUUUGGUAGAUGAUGAUAAAAUACAUAAUAAUCCAAACAUUCAUUCAGAAGAACAAAAUGAAUUAGAACUUCCUGAAAUCAUCCAAAGUAAUUAUAAAAUUGAAACGAUGCAAAAGCAAGAAGAGAAGCAUUAUACUAAUGUUGAUGACGAUGAUGAAAUAUAUAAUAAUCCAAAUCUUCAUUCAGAAGAACAAAAUGAAUUAGAACUUCCUGAAAAUGUCCAAAGUAAUUAUAAAAUUGAAACAAUGCAAAAGCAAGAAGAGAAACAUUAUACUAACAUUGAUGGUGAUAAUGAAUUAAAUAUUCAUUCAGAAAAACAAAAUGAAUCGAAACUUCCUAAACGCAAAAGUAGCAAAAAACAUGUCUUAAAAUUACUUCGGCGGUUCAAAACAUGUUUUGCGUGUUUUAAAAGAUGUUUUAAACCAUUUAAUAGCAAAUAAUACUUUAUUUUUAAAUUGUAAAUUAUUUAAACAUUAAGACUGGAGUAGUAAAAGGAGAU